CAGGAAAAAAUUGAACAGACGGAAGAAAUUCAGAAUGGUACGCCGCGUCCAUGCGGCUUAUUGACUUUGAUCUGUGUUUGGGAUCUACAAAACUGCUUCAUUUUCAGUUGUUUGAGAGACCCAGGGUACGUGUUUUGGGAGAAAAUUCAUUCUGGGAUGCAGUGCAUGGUUGUUAGCGUUUUGUAAAUGCACGAACUGUGAUUAGAUCUCACUGGUUGGAUUGGAUUGUUCAGUUCAGAGUCCCGGAAAUACAUUUCAGCCUUCAGAGGCUGUGUCUAAUACAUAAAGGAGGAUUGACCUAGUCAGUAACCCUGUUGAAGAGAGGAAGGGCGGUUGGAGAAAACUCCUCAUCAUGUCCAUGGAUUAUGUAAAUCCUUUAGUGCAGAAUAAGAGACAGCGGGAGGAAGAGCACAGCCAGUGGGACUGCCAGCCGAAAAGAGCAUGCACUGGACUGGGAAGAUGCAUCGAGGUCAGAUGUGAUGUUGUGAUGGACAGCCCAAUGGACUCAUGGGACACUCCACAAGUUGGCCAUCAAAACAGCGCCAAUGCAAAUCACCACGUCACCACUAUGGUUCUUGGCACAGCUCAGCAAUCCUGUCCGAGAUGCAUGGCAGGAGAACCGGGCCAUAUAAAUCAUAUCAUGCAGAGGUAUUGAUCACAAGGUCAGACAGGUCCUGGAGAGGAUGAAUAAGGAAGCAGACUGCACGGAUCGCUGGGAGUGGAGGAGCAGCCUGCACUUUGGCCAGUUCAUAUCACAGCACAUCUUGUGCCUUAUUUAUAACCACAAGUACUUGACUUCUCAGUUCUAAUGUAGCCUGUGUGUGUGUUUUUAAAAUCAGCACUUAAAUGACUGCUGAUUUAAUGUAAGGGCUGGCCACAGGUAUUUACUAGUAAUUUCAGGUUAACACAUUCAAUAUGAGUGCUAAUUUAAGUACUACUACAGUGUAGUUUGCAGGGCAUUCAAUGAUUUUAAAGAAAUCUGUAUUUCAUUGAAUUCAUUUGUGUAUUUAGUAUAGACCAAAUGUGUUUCAAAUUAUUACUAUAUCUUGUUUUGUUUUGUUUUUCAAAAGUAUUACACAAUGCAAUGAUGCAUUUUUAGGUGAUUUUGUAGAAAUAUUUCAAAGGGAAUGUUUUAUUAAAAACAGGAAUAGCCAUUGAAUUUUCUUGUUUUUAACCAAUUCCAUUAAUUUAGUUAUAAACUGUAUAAUAUUGUACUGUGUGUAUAUACAGUAGAGAUUGGUCCUUGUAAAAUCUGGCAAGUGGUUAAAUUUGCACUGAAAGCCAUUGUUUGAUUAUAAAGGUUUUUUCCCCAUUUCUUUCUUUUUUUGUUGUUGUUGCAUUUUUAACAUUUAAAAACAGUAUUUAUAUACUGAUGUUAUUUUUCCCUGUUGCAAAUGCUGUUAUGUGAAUAAUUACUUGCGAACAUGAGGGAAAGAAAUCACAGAUAUAUUUUUUUUUUGUAACAAUUUAUAACAAUGUAAUUAUGUAACACUUGACAUAAAGUCUAAUUUGAGUAACAUGUUGUUUGCUGUUUAUACACGAUAUGUUGGUUUUGUUGUUAGAAUUCCAUGCAGAGCAAUACUUCGAGUACACUCGAAAAGGUUCCUCAAGGGUAGUUAGAACUUAUAAGGUUUUAUAUAGAACCAAUAAGAGUUCCUUAAGAGGAUAACUGAAGAACUUUUUUUUCCCCCCUAAACAUGUGCUUUCCACAACGAACACCAGGUGGUGCCAUGACCCUCAGAACAUCCAACUACCUACACGGCACAUUUAAUUAAUCGCCACAUUGCUCAGACCUGAAAUGCAUAAUCGCAAAUUAUUAUAACAAAAGAUUUCUGGCAUGUUCAACUGAAUUCAUCACAAGGAAACCUGCCUAGAGUUUGGUUGUGCUAUGAUUUGUUCUGCUAAAUUGAAUCUACAUCUCAUAAACUAUGAUUUAGUUUUCAAACAGGAAACAGAAAAUAUACAUUUGACUUUAUUGUGGCACUGAUGAAAGGCAAAGCUUUUUAUCCAUAUUCUCGGAGGAGAUGUGCUUCACAAUUUGACAUAAGCGUCUUUCAUCCAAUUUAGCCAGCUCGGUCUAGUGCUGGUCUACGUUUUAUGACUCCCUCAUAAAAUAGCCCUCCCAUUCCACAGACUUAUAAUGCUGCCUGUGUUGCAAUGAAUUCAUAAGUCAUAGUUUCUGCACUUGUAAGUUAUAAAGGAAUUAU